CACAUAUGUAGGUGAGACGGGCUUCAGCUCUCUGGCAGGUAUGACAGCUAAAAAGGACCUCACUGGAUUCAAGUCGUCUUGACGCACACAAGGUCCGGACUUCACGCCGAGAGAUACUGGAUAGGUCUCCUACAGCACUGUCAAAGAGGAGAAUUGAUCAGGAAGCAUGAAGUUGGAGGUGUUGUGUGGAAGCCACUACGACAUGAAACACUUGGAGGUGUCCAGUGAUGCAGAGGGGAGUGUGCGCUCUCCACUCUCUGCUGAGGAGGAGCUGGGGUCGGAUGGGGACUGCGUGGCGCACAGCCCUCCACCUGUUACUCCGUGCACCGGCACCAAGUCCAAGCCGUACACACGGAGACCCAAGCCCCCGUUCUCGUACAUCGCUCUCAUCGCCAUGGCUAUCCGGGACUCCCCCUCUGGACGUCUGACUUUGGCGGAAAUAAACGACUAUCUGAUGCAAAAGUUUCCGUUCUUCAGAGGCAGCUACACCGGCUGGAGGAACUCGGUUCGGCACAACUUAUCUCUAAAUGACUGCUUUCUCAAAGUGCUCCGGGACCCGUCCAGACCUUGGGGAAAGGACAAUUACUGGAUGCUCAACCCUCACAGCGAGUACACCUUCGCUGAUGGGGUGUUCCGGCGCAGAAGGAAGCGCAUCGAUAAGAAGAUCAGCAGGGAGCCGGAGGUGCCCGAGCGCGCAGAGGAGCCGCGGGGCGUCCAGCAGCCUGCACCCACCAGGACUGACUCAUGUGCCAAGUUUAUCAGUUCGUUUGCUAUAGACAGCAUCCUCAGCAAGCCGUUCAAGAGGGACUCGCAUGAAGAGCGCUCACCGGUGCACCCUGCCUUCACCUGGCCGCGCUACACUGAACUAAUGAUGCCUCAUUUAAAUACACCUGCCUCGCUUUCAUACGCCGAGCCACCCUGUCGCAUGGGCUCCUGCGCUGCGCUGGUGUCAAACGCCUACGACUGUGGGCUGCUCUCACACGCAGUCUUGAGAUACCACAAAUAAACCUGGACCUCUUUUUUAUGAUUUGAUGAUUAAAAGUCAUCAAUGUGCACUGAUGAUGGACAUCAUUGUGGUGGCAAGGCGUUACACUUUCUCAGCUUUGUACCUCUGGUCAUUUCCCCUUUAAAGCGUCAUCAGAUUUGAAAUUUUAUACACAAAUCUUUAUUGUAAAUGUUACUGAACUGACCAUUAACGGUGUUGUUUGUUUAACAAACGUGUUGAGAAUUUGCACUUUGACUGUUUUUGUGUCUUCUUCUUUCAAAAAACACGCUCUGUACAAUGAAAUAAAAAAAGCAACUAGU